CAAAGAGUAAAGGAUGAGGAGUAAUUAAUGCCAACAUCAAUUCAUUAAACGUCAGUUAGCUGACGGAACAUGUAAAAAUCAAUAAACAUUACUAAAUUAUAAUUACCAAUUACUAAAUUAAAUUGUAACGUAGCCUUCAAUGAAACUGUGUCUCCUAGUGUUCCAAUUUGUUAUCGUUUGAAUCAUAUCUAGCCGCCAUUAUGCCUAAAAAGCGGAACAGACCUCCGUCACCAGCACCAUCUCCUGUAAAAGAGAAGGAAACGCUUGGCCUAUCGCCAGCAGUACUCGGCAAACGAGAUUUCGUCAAGAAAGAUUAUUGGUGUCCAAGUCCCUCGAGCAAUGAUUUCGACCCCUAUUCCGAUCCAUUCAAUCCGAAAACUGUGAAUUACAGUCAAGUUGUUAAAGCUGAUGAAAUAAUUAAAGAAUCUAUUCCUUCUACUCCACUCUUGAAAUCCAAAUGCUGCGAUAUGUUUGGGAUGGAUUUAUACUUUAAAAUAGAGACUGGUAGUAGAACUGGAUGUUUCCAUGAACGAUCAGCGUUGUACGCUCUGCUCAUGUUGACGCCAGAGGAACGUAAAGGGGGCGUCUUUACGGCAUCCGUAGGAAAUUGGGCUAUGUCUUUAGCCUAUCAGGGACAGAUACUUCGCGUGAACGUGACGGUGGUGCUCCCUGCGCACACGCAGUUGUCCAUCAUCAGCCACUGCCAAGACUACGGCGCCAACGUCGUACUGCAUGGGAAGACCGUUUUCGAAGCGAGAAAACGCGCUUUCAAAAUAAUACACGAUCAAGGAGGUCAUGGCGUCUAUAUCAGCGGCUACGACCAUCCCAACGUGAUAGCAGCAGCAGGAUCUAUCGGCAUUGAGAUAUUGGACCAGCUUCCCGACACAGAGGCAAUUCUUGUUCCCAUCGGCGGUGGAGGAUUAAUAGCUGGCAUUGCCGCGUUCGUCAAACACGUCAAGCCAAAUGUUCUGAUUUAUGGCAUAGAGCCGGGCAAAAGCUGCAGUUUUGCAAAAGCCAUGCAGAACGAGAGCCCAUACAAAAUCGAAGCCGAAAUGGGUCUCGCAGCCUCCCUAACUAUUCCUAAAGUAGGCGAUAAUGCUUUCCACACAGCCAGAUCGCUUAUCGAUAAAAUGGUGUUAAUCCACGAUGACUUCACGGCUCGAGCAAUAGUACAUCUAAUAGAGAUGGAGAAAAUUAUAGCGGAAGGUGCUGGAGCCAUCAGCCUGGGAGCUCUCAUGUGCAUGCCCGACAUACUGCCCGAGUUACAAGGGAAAAAGGUAGUGACCAUCGUGACUGGAGGUAACAUAGACCUAUGGCCUUUGAAACGAGCCAUGAUACAAGGGAAGGCUGUGGAACAUCGCGUCGUACCCAUAAACUUAGUUAUAACCCCUCGCAAUACAGAUUUACCGAGUCAAGCAUUCAGGGUAUUACAAGAAAUGGAUUGCAAUUUAUUGCAUUGUGAAUUUUCUGGCAACCACGACUGGAUGGAGGAGAAUAAAUUUAUGCAGCACAGUCUGACCAUUAUCUGUGAGACCAAAGGCCACAAGCACGCUUGUCUAAUGAGGCAUGUGAUGGAGAAGCUCUUCCCAGGCCAGUGUGAAUUCGACAGCGAAGUCUUCAAACCGAUCGUCAUUUGUUCGUGCUUCCCAAAACUUAUUUACUGAAAACAUAGGAGGGCCAAAACCAAACCAAGUUUUGGUACACUCCCAGAAUACGACUGUCUUUUCUUUUUUAAUCACUAUAAAUAUUUCCUUCUCGCUAAUUUUAGUGUUCGUUUACAAACACGAAUUUCGUAAUACAAUCUUACCUAUUUAUUGUCGGAAAAAUCAUUUUAGGCCUUCUAAAAUUGACUAGUAUUAUUUACGUUUCGUAAUCGGGUUUUUCUUGAAGAUAUAAUACAAUCAAGUAGAAUUUCAGUAUAUUUUUUUAUGUUGAAUAUUAUUUAACUUACGUUGUAAAGUAAAUGUUAUUAUGUCA